GGCAGUCCCGCCUGCCCUGCCUGCUCCGCCGGCUCGGCCCGGCCCGGCCCGGCCCGGCCCGGCCCGGCCCGGACCUGCCCGCCGGCGCCAUGGAGGAGUUCCUGCAGCGCGCCCAGUCCAAGCUGAACAGGAGCAAACGCCUGGAGAAAGUCCAUGUUGUUCUUGGGAAUAAAUCCUGUGAUUUGGAUUCUCUCAUUUCUACUCUGGCCUAUGCCUACUUUCUCGACAAGGUCAGUCCUCCUGACGUUCUUUGCUUACCCGUGUUGAACAUACCAAGAAGAGAUUUUAGCUACUUCACAGAGACAAGAUUUAUAUUGGAGGAGCUGAAUAUCCCGGAGUCAUUCCAUAUCUUCCGAGAUGAAAUCAAUUUGCACCAGCUGAAUGCUGAAGGGAAAUUGUCUUUAACACUUGUAAACAGCAACAUGCUGACAAGUGAGGAUGAAAGUUUGCAAUCGGCUGUUGUCAAAGUCAUCAAUCCAGAUGAGCAAUGUGACGGCAGCCUGGAGUUAGAAGCGUCGUCGUCUUCUUUAGUGGUAAAGGAGAUUCUUCAAGAGGCACCGGAGUUAAUCACUCAGCAACUGGCUUAUCUCCUCAGAGGAAGCAUUCUCUUCAAGUGCUUGUCUUUGGAGGCUGACAGAAUUACAGAGCAGCAGGAAAAAGUCCUGUCAAUCCUAGAGCAAAAGUUUCCAGAUCUUCCCCCACGAGAGGAGAUUAUCUCUGUUCUCCAGGAGACUCAGUUUAACCCACAAGGUGUAAGUAUUGAGGAGGUUAUGCUGAAGGAUCUCAAGGAGAUUUCAGAUGGAGAAAUCAAAGUAGCAAUUAGUACUGUGUACAUGACACUAGAGGACUGCGUGUUACACAGGAGUCUCAUUGGUGAUCUGAAAGCAUUCAUAGAUAAAUAUGGGUUUGAUGUACUUGUCGUUUUGGCCAACUGUUUGAUGGAUGAGAAGCAAACAAAACGACAAAUAGCAGUAUACUCGGAAAACUUAGAGCUAGGCAAUCAAAUCUGCUGUGAAUUAGAAGAAUGUCAGAAUCCUUGUUUGGAGCUGGAUCCUGUAGAAUGUGGAUGUGACCAAAUUCUCAUUUAUCAUCAAGAAAAUUCUUUGGUGACCUAUGAUCAAAUUUUUCUUCUAGUUAAGGAAGUUAUAAAUAGAAGACAACCAGAAAUGGUGUCAAACAGUAGAACUUCUUCAACUGAAGCUGUUGCUGGAAGUGCUCCACUUUCACAAGGUUCUUCUGGUAUUAUGGAGUUAUAUGGUUCUGAUGUAGAACCACAGCCCAGUUCUGCCAAUUUUAUAGAAAAUCCUCAAGAUCUAAAUGGAUCUAUGCAAGCCCACGUUGAUGUUAAUGUAGACCUUGUGAGUCCAGACAGUGGACUGGCUACCAUUAGAAGCAGCCGGUCUUCCAAGGAGAGUUCUGUUUUCCUUAGUGAUGAUAGCCCUGUUGCAGAAGGAGCUGCUACCUAUCACAGUCUUCUGCCUGGCUUUGAUUCCUAUAGCCCUAUUCCUGAAGGAGCAAUAGCUGAAGAACAAAAACCUCAGUCUAGAGACAAUACUGAUAACUUUGAUCUUUUCAGUUUUGAUCUAGCACCUGUGGUUGCAGCUCCAUCUGAGUCAUCUUCUCGUUCUGUUGAUUGUUCCCCAGCAGAUGACUAUUUCCUCAAUAGUGAUUCAUCAGAAGGGCAACAACUCACUGUGCAUAAAGAACUUGAUGAGGCAAACCUGCUAGAAAAUGAUACAGCUAAUUAUUCAGCUGACUUACUUGUGACAACAAAAGAGGAAGACAAUUCAGCCGAAUUUGGUGAGAAUCCAGGAGAAAUGUGUGAGAAAACUUCAAGUUUGAUCGAUUUAGUUGAAGGUGAUUCUUCUUCACCAGAAAUGUUGAAAUCUGCUGAUUCAAGAAUUCCACCAGCUCCUAUGAACAGUCUUGUAGAAACUUCACCAUUGGAUAAUGGGCAGCCUUUAUUUUUCCCACAAGAUGUCAUAAAAAAAAUUAAUGAAAUUGAUGGCACAAAUUAUUCUCAGUCUCGUGUUAGAUAUGGAAGCUGGUGGGAUGGCUUUGACCUAGAGUCCAAAAAUGCUGAUACAUGGAGUUCAAGUGAGCAGGAAUCUGUAUUUCAGAGCCCUGUCUUAUGGAAAGAUGGUAAAGAAAGUCCCUUGCUACGAGAACAUAUUGAUAGAAGAGCCUCAGAUUCUGUGUUCCUCCAAAAACAGCCAAAGCAAAAGGAAUAUGUGAGAGCAGGUCUGUGGGAUAAUCAGUUUAAACAAGAUAAUUGGAACCAUGAGAAUCAAGAGAAAAACAGUGAACAUUUGCAUUUGCAAACUGCUUCUUUAGAGGAGACAAAGCAAGAACCGGAGAGCUUUACUGACCCGUGGAAGGUCAGUCAGCCAACACCUAUGAUGUCAGAUGCAUGGUGUAGUGGUGAAGGGAAAGGUAGUCAGCUAGCUGGAGACUCUUACAAAGUCUGGACUAAGUUUGAUGCAGGAGAUAUUGCUAGAUCCUCAGAAAAUGUAUGGAACAUGCCCAAACUGGAUAGAGAAAAAAAAUCAGUGAAUAUUCCUGAGGAAUGGGCCAUACCAAAAACUACUUUGUCAGAUUCUUCAGAAAUCACAGCAGACAAUGAGACUGAAAAUCCACCCGUGCAGGUACCUCUAGAAGCCUGGGAUAAAGAAAGGUAUUAUUCAGUAGAAGAAUAUGGAAAAUCUGAAAAUACAAAUUCUGUUUUCAACAAUAUGCAAAAUAAUUCAAAGCUGCAAACAGCGGAAAAAACUGUAUUUGGUGACUCUAAACAUAGACCAAAACAAUUUGAAAAUAUAGAGACCUGGAAUAUGUAUGAUAAAAACAUCAGGAAAGAAGUAACAGAAGUAGUGGUGCCAUGGGAGGAUACCUUCUUGUAUAAACACUCAGAUCUUAGUUCAUCAAAUAUAGGUGAAGAUUUAGUUGUUUCUCCACCAGACACCAAUUAUUCAACAUCUGAUUCAUAUAUAUCACCUACAUAUGUGGAAGACGAAAGAGAAAAUGAGGACAAAGAUUCUGAUGAAGAAACAGUUACUGAUAAAUUGAUAAACCCAAAUUUGGCUGACCCAAAAGUACUUGAGAAAGCAAAUAAGGAACCAUUAUCUCCUAGAAACAUGCCUUUUUCAAGCGCUGGAAACACAGACAUCUGGAACACUCCCCUAAAUAAUGUCACUAAGUUACAAGAAAGAAAUUCUGAAAUUACUGCUCUUUCUGCCUCUGCUAAACCUAAUCAAUAUUUUUCAACUGAGAUACAUACCAGUGAAAAUAAUUUUUCUAUAUCUGAAAACAGAAGAAUAACACCAGUAUACAGUCGAACAGUGAAUGACUUAUCACCACCACAGAAUGAAUUAAAUACUAGGCAGAGUGCAGCUGAAAUUGUAGAAACAGUGAGCAGUGUUCCUGUAGAUGACACAGACACAUCUACACCAACUUCAGACACUGGGAAUAGUGUGGAUAUGAAAAUAUGUGACUUAGGGAGUGAGAUACUUAGUAAGAAGGCAGCACAAAAGACUGCUGAUGUUGAUGAAAAGCUGGGUAGUCAGGAAUCAACGCAGCAGCUGAACUCAUGGAGUUUACAGAGUGAGCAGGGUUGUGAGGAAGGCUGGGGCAAUGCCAUUGUCAUCUCUCAGGAAGGAAAAGAGGAAUAUAAGAGAACAGAUGAGACAAGUGGACAGCAAAUGAUUAGUGACAUUUGUAAUAAACCAGUGCAAGAGGACAGUGAAUCUUCAUGUACUGCAGAUUCGGAAGAAAACAGGUCAACUGAAGUUCCCAGCUCCCCAGAAAAAAUGAGGAAUAGUGUUAGUUUGGAAGUGUUAGUCACAGAGAAUGUGUCCUUUUCCAAACAAAGUAAUCCAGUUAGUCAAGAAGAGAGAAAAGACUUGUUGCAGAAUAACGUAGAAUCUUCUUCCAGUGCUUCUGAGGAAGGCAGAAAUUAUGAAUGUUUUGAUGACUCCAGACCACAAAAUUACAAUUAUAGUGGAACAUCACAGCUGCUUUCUGAGAAAGCUGAAAAGGAGACUGCAGUGAUAGAGGAUGCAACAAGUCCUGAGAUGGAAAGUAUCUCUGAAAGCUCUGAUAAGGGUAGUGAUAAUCCUGAAAAUAAUUCUAAAAUGCCCAGAAGCUCAGGCAUCUGGAAUGAAUCUGGAAAGAGUAGUUGUCGCCUAGCCACAUCAAUUCCUUUCAUGAAUGAGCCACAAGAAGUGCUGGGAGAAAUGAAAGAAGGCUUAGAUGAAGUGGUUCCUAACCAUCCAGACAUUUGUAAUUCUGAGUUAGUAUCUUUCAAAAAUAGCUCAGAACUGAACAGGACUCAUGAAAAGUCUUUCAUAGAUGAGUUUAAGAAGAGUUCUUCUUCUGGAUAUGUCAGUGUUCCUGACAUUACAGAUAUGUCUGUGGUGGAAAAUUCAUUUUCACAUGAAAUAGGUUCUGGGAGAAAUGAAAACUCUGAAAAUUUAGAACCUGCUCAUAAUCUUUGUGGAGAGCCAUGUGUAAUGCUUAAUGACAGUUUUCAUCAAACUGCUUGGAAUUCACAGCCAUGUGAAGAUUUGCAGUCUCCUGGAACAAGUCCUGAGGCAAGUGAAGUCCUUGAAAUGGCAAACACCACAAGUAGCCUUUCAAAGGAUAUACAGAUCAAAAGUUUUUUGGAAGAAGAUAAUAUGUGGAGUGAUUCAAUAAAUUAUUAUGCACACUCAAGCGGAACAAGUCCUGAUUUAAGUGAUGCAUCUGUGAAUGUGUGGGGAGACCUUCCAGUUGCCAGUCAUCACAAAAGAAGUAGGGAUAUGUGGGAUAUUAAAAAUAACAAAAAUCUUGAAGAUGCCUAUAAAAGGAAUGAAUUUGGGAAUGAAUAUGAAGAAGGACUUGAAACAAGCACUGAACAGAACAAAGUUCCUAAAAGCUUAGAUUUUUGGAAUGCCCAUGUAGAUGAUGAUACUGUAUCUUCUUUAUCAAGUCCUGACAUAAAUGAGGAUUCAGAGAAUUCAGAGGCGUGUCCAGAAGUGAUUCAUGAAGAUUCCACAUAUGAAAACAAACAGCACAAAACAUCUGAAAUUGGAGAGGAUUAUGCUCAAUCCAAGGCAACAAGUCCUGAAGCAAAUGAAGGCAAUUUAGAUGCAAAAACUAAGGUGGGAGAGGAGGCCCAGGUAGGCAUCUUCAAUGAAAAUCAUGAAACAAUUAAAGCUAGUAAAGUAGGGCAGGAGGACUUGACUAUAAUGGAGCAUAAUGAGACUUCUGAAUAUUUAGGUCACUGGGAAGCACUUCAGAAAAAAGGUCAGGCGAGCAUUUUCAGUGAAAAAACAGGUAGCAGUGAAGACUCAUAUUUGUAUCAAAUCAAUGAAGAUACUACACCGACUUUUGCUGUUGGUGAUAAAGAAGAGUAUUCGUCAAAAGCUGUAGAUAUGUGGAGUAUGUCAUUGGAAGCUGAUUUAAGAACUCAUCCAGAAUCCACAGUAGGAACAUUUGGUUGUCCAGAUGACAGUUCAGAAUGGUGGAAUUCACAACCUUGUGAAGAAAAGCAAUUGGAAGAUGAGUAUUCUGUUUCAAGUCACUCUGCAACAAACCAGUUAACAAAUAGUAAGGAGGACUCCUGGGCAUCACCUUCACAAGAUGAAGAACGAACAGAAGCACAUUGCACUAAUGCAAGUAAUGAUGGAAAUCAGCCUCCCCCCCUGUACUGUGAUGAAAAAGAAAAUGAAAGGCUAGUACAUCCUAUGAAUAUUCCUGAUAGUCAAAUAAAUCAAGACACUGUACAGUUCAAACAACUUGAUCCUUUCAUACUGGAUAAAGAAGAAAGGGGCUUGAAAGAGCAGUUGUUUCCUACAGAUGAGGAAAAGCAACUGACUCCACAGAAUCCUUUUUCAGAUGAGGAAAGAGGUAUGCCAAAUACAUCGGUUCAAGAAAUCACUGUACUGGAUCUACCAAAAGACAAUGAGGGAAAUGCAAGUCUCACUCCUCAAGAACAACAGCAAGACACCUGUGAAAGAUUAGAAAUGCACAACUCCCUGCCAGGUGCUUUCACUCUAGAAGAUUUAUCUUUUGAAAUGACAGAGAAGUCAAGUCCAGGGUGGAGUAUAUUAGUUCCCCAAACUGCACUUAUCCCAUAUAUUUUACAGGAUAACACCCAAGAAAGUAAUCAGCUGUUUUCAGUGGAACCUGACCUGUGGACUAAUGCUGAGCAGAUGGUCACUUUGAAAUCAGAUGGUGAAAAUCCUGAUAUAUUAAGUCACUGUGACCAGGACAAUAGUUCAGAGGCAUCAAGCAGUCCUGAUGUGUGCCAGAAGUAUGAAGCUAAGCAUGCCUUUAUCCCAUCUUCUCAGAUUGGGGUGGAGCCUGAAGACAAAGGUAGUCAGCAGAUUCACACAUGGUCAACUAUGAGUAAAGAGGCAGAUUUUGAUUCAAAGUGUCAGUUAGUAAUGCAGAAGGUAGAGACACAGUCUGAAAGUGGUAGCCCUCAGGACUAUGAACAGGGAAAGACCAAUGAAUCCUAUCAGCUAAUCUCUUCUAAUACUCAGGAGCCUCCUGAAUUUGCAGUUUUGGAAGAAUAUGCUCUAGAAAAUAAACUUGUUACUGACCCAACGGAGUCCGCUGAAAUUACCAAUGGAGUUUUAGAAGUGACAUCCUUAGCUCUGAAAGACACGUUCUGUGAAGGUUUUAAUCCUGCAAGCCAUCAAGGAUCACCAACUGAUGAAGCUCAAAUAGCAACCUCCCAAAUGCAUUUGGUUCCCGUGGAUUUCACUCUACUUGAUAGGGCAGAACAAAGCUUAAAAGAAAUCAGUGCCUUCGCUGAAGUUGGAAAAUAUUCUGAUAUUGACCAUACAGCAAUAACUGGUGAUGAGCUAGACAUGUUAGAAGAAUGUGUGGAUGACUCUAAGACAGGUGUAGAACGUAACAUCAGGAACACAUCAGUGACUAAUGUCCCGGCAAGCACAUGUGGUGGGAUGAACAUACUGGCAGUAGUAGGCAGUGAAGCAGCAGAAGGGGAAUCAAAGGAUAAACAGAUAUUCUUUCCCAAAUCCUUUCUGCCUGGUGGUAAUGAAGGCCAUGAAUCUAAUUCAAAUAAUCAACUGGUUGAUGACAUAGCAAAAGAAUCUGAAGAUGUAAUUGAAAAUGAUGUUCCUGUGUUUAAGGAAACACCCACUGACCAAUCACCAGUGAUGUGUACUCCACCAUCCUGUGUAUCUUUUGAUGCUGAACCCUCUGGCAGCAGAGAGUGUGCAAAGGAUGACCUCUUGUUACAGCAGCCAUUUUGUGACAGUGUUUCUUUGGAAAAACCCUUACCACUGCCAACUGCUUUGGAAGGUGCAGAAGGCAUCCUAAUGACCAAAGACAACAGCAUUAAAGAUCAGGUGUCUGAAACAUCCACAGAGUGCCUUCAGGAAAAUCACACAUCAGUACCUUCACUCACCAAGUAUGAAAUAACUCUAGGAGCUUCUGAGAUUUUGACAGGAAAAUCUGAAGCAGAAACAACUGAUCUCGACUCACCGCCAGGUGGAGAUAAAAGAUCACCUGAUGAAGCUGGCACUGACUCCCUACUUUGUAGGGAGAAUAAGCCAAGAAAUUCCUCUGAGAGCCCUGAACUGAAAAAUACAGAGGGUAACGAAGAUGUGAGGAUGCAGGUGCACCGAGAUACAACUUCACUGGAGUCAGAUUACAUCCUUGUUACUGAGAAAGAAAAUAUACCUUCAACGGAGGAUACCUUUGAAAGAAACGAAAGUGAUUUUGCAUUUCAAGAAGCUAAUGUAGCUAAACAAACAGAGUCUCAUAAAGGCUUUUCACCGGGCUCCUUGGAUACCUUUCAGCCAAUCUCCAUUACAAAUGAAAGGGAAGAUCACUCUGUUUGUGGGACGGAAAGGGACUCUAUUCACUUAGAAGAGAAAAGUUCUUCUGUUACACCUCAAAAACUGGAUGAUGAAAGGAGAUCACAGGAAAGCUCUGGGCAAGAUGAGGGCUGGAUUAUAUUGGGCCAAAAUGAAGUCAGUGACAUAUCACCUGAAGAAAUUUCUGCUGAGUCAGAGAUGCUAAAAUCAGGGUCCGGAUAUUCUGACGAAGAACUGGCAGCUGUUGUAGCACAGGAAUUGAUUCUUGACACUCCAGCAGAAUUUCAGGUAGAAGCUACCCUUCAGAAGCCUUUUGAACAUGGGGGCUAUUCUCCUUCAGACAGCCUGACCACCGAGAACGAGAGUUUGGCCAUCACAGGAACAUGUGUGUUGCAGGUGGUUGGUGGUGAUGGUACAUGGGAAGCAAAUUCUCAACAGACACUCGGAAAUAACGUAGCAACAGAACAAGAAAUGAAGGAGGAAAUGGUGCUUCUCAACAGUGAAAGAGGACUGAGUCAAAUAUCAGGGUUGGUACAAGAGGAUGUGGCGAUGGACAUCCCCUUUGCUGAGGGUGUAUUAAGCCCCAGUUCUGCAGAGAUGAGACCCGAACCUCCCAAUUCUCUUGACCUUAACGGUUCCCAUCCCAGAAGGAUAAAGCUCACUGCUCCAAAUAUCAAUCUCUCUUUGGACCAGAGCGAAGGGUCUGUACUUUCUGAUGAUAAUUUGGAUACGCCAGAUGAAAUUGACAUCAAUGUAGAUGACCUUGACACUCCUGAUGAAGCAGACUCUUUUGAAUACAGUGGACAAGAAGAACAGACUGCUACUAAGGAUGCUUCCCAGGAGGAGUCUGAAUCAAUUCCUGAGUACACCGCUGAAGAGGAGCGAGAGGACAACAGGUUGUGGAGAACAGUGGUUAUUGGAGAACAAGAACAAAGAAUUGAUAUGAAAGUCAUUGAACCUUACAAAAAGGUCAUUUCACAUGGAGGAUACUAUGGAGAUGGUCUGAAUGCUAUCAUUGUGUUUGCGGCAUGCUUCUUGCCAGACAGCAGUCGAACUGAUUACAACUAUGUCAUGGAAAAUCUUUUCCUGUAUGUAAUCAGUACCUUAGAGCUGAUGGUAGCUGAAGAUUAUAUGAUUGUCUACUUCAAUGGAGCAACACCAAGAAGGAGGAUGCCUGGACUGGGUUGGAUGAAAAAAUGUUACCAGAUGAUUGAUCGACGAUUACGGAAGAAUUUGAAAUCAUUUAUAAUUGUUCAUCCAUCAUGGUUUAUCAGGACAAUUCUGGCUGUGACACGACCUUUUAUAAGCUCUAAGUUCAGCAGUAAGAUACAGUACGUCAACACGUUGGCAGAGCUUCGUGAGAUGAUUCCAAUGGAAUACAUGCACAUACCAGACAGUAUUGUCAAGUAUGAUGAAGAGAAGUGUAUUAAGAGAAGAAUGAGACUGGAUGAAGAGCUGAGGGAAACUUCAGAAACAGCUAAAACUAGCUGCCUCUCCAAUGAUCCAGAAAUUACUUCAGUGGAGCAGGACUUUGACAUGACCCUGAAAUAGAAAGCAUCGUUGCCAGGCAUUUGAAGAAGAGUGUUUGCUUGGAUUUGCAUCACCCAAACACCCAUGACCAUGAUGUGCAAUAGCCAAUUUGGAUUAAUUUCGUUUGGUUUAUGAUUUUUCCAUGUCAUUCAACAGUUCAAGAAGACCAAAAGAGCCAAUCCUAUAGCCAUGGAAACAGCGGAAUUUGGGGCCUGGGUAUUUGUGUUGUUUUCAGAAAUAGAGUUUUCAGUAGGAAAGCUGUAUCACCUAGCAUUGGUUUCUGUGUGUAUGUGCAAUUUCUGUUUAAAAGGACACCAUUUUACCAACAGUGUGCCUCACGAACAAGUCAAUGAGGAUGUGGAUUUUUGUUUCAUUUUUGUCUUCAGCAUAUUCAUGUUUAUGCAUAGCUAAACAGAAUAGUUAUUGUUACAGUAAAUGUUAGUUUGGUUGUAUCACAGAGCAGCAGCAACUUUAUUGUUUAAAAAUAAUUCUAGAAAUGAUGCAGGACUUUCUUGAAUUUUUCUGUUUCUUGCUGUCUGGAAAGUCUUUCCAUGUUCAUUUAACCCUAAGGACUUUUUUAUUCGGUCACAGAAAAGACUGAUAUACUGAAAAAAUAAUAGUCAUCAAACAGACUUCCCAGAGGAAAAAUGAGUAACUGAAAUUAAUUUUAUUUUAAUAAUUUAGUUUAGUAUCUUUAUUUUAGGGCUGGCUUUUAUAGAAGCAGCUAAUCCUGUAAAUGAUUGUCAUAUAUUCUAAAAGCCUUGGAGCAUUAAUGUGUUGUUGUUGUUUUCUAAAUCUGUUUUUCCAGAACUUUUUUUUUUAAGUCAUGAGUCUUCAAAUGGCAUCCUAACUCCAGUUAUAAAGGCUAUUGCUGCUAUGAGUAUGAAACAAAUACUUAUUAUUUCCUACUAACAACUGAAGGUUAAAUGUCUAAAUCUACAGUUGGGAGUCACACUCAUUUGUUAGGAAUAGGUGUCAAAGUAUUAUUCAAAGUGUAUCUAAUAUUAAAAAAAUAAGUAUUACAAUGCAGUUUAUUGUCUGUGUCAUAGAACACAGCAGUGGAAACAUGAAAAGGAAAAAGAAAAACCCUAAGCAUUUCUUAUUUGCUGCUGUCCUGUGUACUGGCACAAAAGACACUGCAGUAAAUCCUCAUAUUCACUGGAAAAUAACUGCAGUCUCUCAGACCAUUGUUUUGCAAGAGAGUGCAAAUUAAUUGUUGAGUGAAUUCCGCUUGUCUACUUUAAAAAGACGAGAAUCGAGAAUAUGACUAAUGCUUUCUCUUCCCCUAAUGAACACACGCGUGCACUUUCCAAACCUGCUGACUCACCUGCCUUUUGGGAUGUCCUAACAGAAGUAAUAGUGUUACGUGCUCUCUGAAAUAUUAUUCUUAUCUUGACAAGAUUCUCAUAUGUCCUAGAAUUACAUUUGUGGAUUCUCUACUUUGUAAAUAAGUCAUUAGACAAUUCAAGAUAAUUUGCACCUUCCUUUCAUGUGUGCAUUAACUCCAGUCCUGCUUCCAGUCCAGAAUUAUUAAUGAAAGAGAAGACAAGCAAAAGUUUUCUUGGGGAAUAAAGUUUAAGCAAAAGGCAGGACAGCAUGAGCCUUGAUUUUUCAGUAUUAUCUAAACUGAGAGUGAAAAAUAUAUUUCAUCCUUCAUUUAAAAGAUCGAUAUUUUUGUUCUGUGAUUUGCACAUUUCCAUCUCUGUCAGUCUGUAUCUUGUAUUUGCAAGGUAGUCUGCAAGCAAGGAAGCGAGCCUCCGUCAUUGCACGCACAGUUGUUCAGCUACUGUAAUGAAGAUCGACAAAAUCGUCAGAAAGGCAGGAACUUGCCAAAUGCUUUAUCUGCCAGCAUCAAAACUAAAAUAUCUGCAUCUCUGCAGUCCUUGCUCUGUACUGACAGGUGGUGCAUUGUAUCUCUGUCAUACUAGCUAGCCUGCUGUAUUGCAUCUUUCUGUCAGUUCCCGUUAAUUUUCACAGAGGAGGGGCCUAAUCCUGCUGAUCAUUAUUGCUGCUCUAUAACCUUGCCCUAAAUUAGGAACUGGUAGUUUCCACCUUUUCUCAGAUAUUUGAAUCUUGGCUUGUGUCUGCCUUAUAAAAGUGCUGUCACUUAGUAUAUUGGGGAUAAUGUUUUAUGUACAGAUUAAUAUUUGUAUUGACUUCCAGAUGCUAAUUAAGCUUCACCUAGAUCUAAACUAUUAAAAGCAUUUAGUAGCAUGAAGUCACAUCUUCUGUAGACCGGUAGUUUAAGCCACCUAGAAUGAGCCAGACGACCCAUGUUUUGCUAUAGGUGAGAGAAGUGUUUGCUAAAAGAGAAGUUCACCACAAAACAGAAGUUCAGCGCAAAACUUUAU